CCGCCAUUUCGAGUCAUGUGACCUGAGCGGGGACCGUAGCUGUAAUAUCUGACAUAGCGGCGCAGUGUCCCUGGGAUUCACCGUAAUGUCUAGUAUAGAGACGUCACUCUCUCCCUGUGCUUCCGCUUUUAAUUUUGACGGGAGAAGAACCGAACGGGUCUAGACGGCCGUGUGAACGCAGCCUUACAUUUAACUGUGGCAGCAGAGUCUGUGACACUCCAUUCUCUGAGGAUGAGUAAUGAGACGUGAAUGCUCCCGCCCAGCUCUGUGCUCGCUCUGUACUAAGAACUCCUGACAACUUGUGUACGAGGAGGGAGCUCCCAGACUGCACACCCGGCUCAGACAUGACCGCCAGAUCCCAGGGACAUCCUGUUUUCCAGAGCCAGAGCUCCAGCACACAGCACCUGAGAGAUCGCCAGCGCUUCUUUGAGGAUGUCCUGGCACAUGACGUAGACAUGUAUUACCCCCAAAUUCACCUGUUGAACGAUCGAUGGAGACCUCCGCUGGACAGUGUGUCAUCGAUGGAAGUGAAUAUUGACUCGAUGGAACUGUCUGAACCGCUGGACAUUAGUGAGCUGGAAUCCAGUGAUACUUUUCAGCAGUCAGAAGACCCCUUGAGUCCAUUAGUUUCUCCUGGCAACUUCCAAGGAAUUGACUAUUUUAGGCUACGCCUUCCCUUUUCUCCUAGUCCUGGCCAGCAGCACCCAGCACAUGACAGCGGUGACACUAUUGAAAGACAAGAGGAAGCUGCAGAUGAGCAAUCCAAAGAACACAUCCUCAGUCUGGAUCAUGAACAGAGCGACCACAAGACGCCAUUGUCUGAACCACAAUAACCUGCUGCCUCUCCUCUAAAGACUAUGGUACUUGCCAGUUCCCACCAUGGCUUUUCUUCUGGGUUAGAAAUGUAUUAUAUUAGAUUAUAAAUAAGGUAAACGCUGUGAGUUUCCAGUGAGAUUAUGACAGAUGUAUGGAAGCUGCGGCUGGGCAUUAGCUCUGCACAAUGCUGUAUUCUUAGGCCGGGUUUACACGACGGAAACAUCAGCAACGUAUUUUAUUUCACAUGCUGAUUUUUGUCUAUAAUCAAUUGUUUUUUUGCAGAUGAAAAUCAGCACAUUAAAGGGAACCUGUUAUCAGAUUUUACCAUAUAUAAUGUGUGGCAACGCGUUAUAUAAGGUAAAAUUAUCUUCCUCACUAUCCUCGGGAGAUGUUCCUGCCAGCAGGGAUGGGGUGGGGAUAUGAAGUUAGAAAGUCUCCCUCUCCGACCCUGUAAGUAGUCCCCUGGGGGGGGAGCUAUACUUACCUAGUCCCGUGUAACCACGCCCCCUCAGCAUGAAUGACAGCCAUGGUCACAGCUCUGCAGACGGAGCAGAGCGUUGAGGCGGGCCGUGCCUGGGCUGUCAAUUACGCUGAGGGGGCAUGAUCACAGAUGGAGCAGAGGGGCUAGGUGUGUAUAACUCCCCAC